AUGCGUCCACAAUUGUGGGCGAUUCAGAAGCAACUGGGGGAAAAGCAAGCGCAACCCGCGGCAGCACUGCAGCAACUCGUUCAAAGAGAGAUUCGGGCGGUGGAAUUAUUGCAACAAAUAGUGCGGGAGCAACCCAAUGCAAGCGCGGCGGAAGACAAAUAUCGGAAUGACUGCAACGCCCUCAACAAAACCAUUGAUUUACCACAAAGCCCAUGGAAACGGGAUAAGGCACCAACGGCGCACCAGGAAUGGCCUAAAAUUAGGAUUUCAGGGGAUCACAGGGCCCCCGGCUGCCAGCAAGGAACGGCGGCGCCAGGCCAGAGGAGCGGAUCUUGCUUUUAA